CCUUCACCUUUAUUGCUGGUUCUUUACUGCACAGCGGAUUUCGCAAAUUCAGGUACAAUGCCAUAUUAGGAGACCAAAUUGUGUUAUCUUCCCGUGGCUCUCUCUCUUUUUGCUCGAGGGAGUAUUCCUGGUCCUGAGACACCAAAACUUGUGCUGCGUCCUCGUGCAGUGUUGCUCAAGCCACUGCCAUCGUCCAUGGCUUGUCCUUCUCCAAAUUUACAAAUUUACGAGUUAGUCCGCUAAAAGCUCCUCCUAUGGCCAAAAGAAAACGAGAAAACGGCCCCAAGGCCGCCAGCACUUCGAAAGGAACGGUCAAGCCUACAAGCGACGAGAACACUGCUGCGAAGAUCACCAAAACCAACGGGCAUGUGGAUGUCAAGACCACUUUACCCGUCAUCCAAAUCGUUGCAGGCUCGUAUGAACGAGUUCUGCAUGGCAUCACCGCAUCCAUCUCGGACCUGUCGUCACGGGCCUCUUCUCCGUCGGUACAAUUUGCAGACUCUUUCCUAUUCAAUGCACAUGCAUCCGCAAUCAAAUGUCUAGCUCUAUCACCUUUGCCGGAACCCGGUUCUUCUGAGACCCAGGGCGUCUACCUGGCCACCGGGGGCUCAGAUGAAAAGGUCAACGUCUUCAGCCUUUCCGCCUCGCCAGUCGCCGACAACGGGAGACUUCCACCCAUGCCCUCUCUAGGCAAGAACACCAUCUCAGAAAAUCCCAUGAAUAGAGAGCUCGGCACGCUCCUUCAGCAUUCCUCCCAUGUCACGGCCUUGCACUUUCCCACACGAUCGAAACUGCUCUCUGGAUCAGAAGACAACACUAUUGCCGUCACUCGUUUGAAAGAUUUAACGGUAGUAUCCACAAUAAAAGCACCACGACCCAAAGCCCAAGGUCAACCCAGUGGAGACACUGCACCACCAGGCGCCACUCCCGCUGGGAUCAAUGACUUCUCUGUCCAUCCUAGCUUAAAGCUCAUGUUGAGCGUCGGUCGAGGCGAGAGAUGUAUGCGGUUGUGGAACCUUGUGACUGGAAAGAAAGCCGGGGUCCUCAAUUUCGGCCGCGAGAUCUUGCAGAGUGUUCGCGAGAGCAAGUAUAGCAGUGGCGAGGGUAGACGAAUACGGUGGAAUCCCAACGGCAGCGAGUUUGCUGUUGCAUUCGAGCGUGGAGUGGUGGUAUUUGGGGAAGACUCGAAACCCAAAUGCAGGGUUCUGCCAGAGCCCCUUACCAAGUUACAUCAGAUUUGCUAUCAAACCAUACUUUCUGACUCAAGCGAAGGUGCGCCCACUACACUGCUCGCAGUCUCGACCGAAGAUGGUCGGAUACUCUUCUAUGAUACAGACGCAGUCCCGCCGCUUCCGUCGAAUGGAACAAACAACAAUGACCGGACCGCCCCCGCAUCCAUUCCGGACGCCGCUCUUGUCGCAACAGUUGGUGGGAAAACGGCAGGGCUCACGACGCGUAUCAAAGAUUUUGAGCUGCUCUUCCUUCCCGCUAAUGCCCACGGCCAAAAAGACAUCGCCAUUGUUACGGCGAGCAGUGACGGGACGAUCCGCGUUAUACUCUUGUUGCUGUCCGAGGUGUUGGCCGCUUUGAAGAGCAAGAAACCGAUCCAGGCCGGAACAGUGAUCGGGGCGUAUGAGACAGGUAACAGGAUCACCUGCCUGAAGGCCUUCGUCAUGUUGCCUCCUCAGGAUAUCGACGAUGAGGAUGAGCUUGGAGGGGAAGAUGAGGAGUUCCUGGGAUUCGACGGGGAAGGAGAGAGCGAGCAGAGUGAGAGUAGUAGCGAUGAGGAUUGAUAAUUCAAGUUGUCAGAAGCAUCAAGCCAAUUAUUGCAAAUAGCAUCAUGGGCCAAGCCAAGGUAUCUUUGAUCACAGCGUAAGAAUGGCCUACUUGGAGCAGUUCAACGCCGCUGCUGUGCAUGGAACGAGGAGAGAUCUCGAUGCUAACUGGGAAGUGAGCAG